GGCGAGAGAAAAAACGCGAAGAAACAAGAUCCGUGUGUGUGCCAGGGAGCGCAAGGAGGAAACUCGAAGCGACAUGAAUGAUCUUUUCGGGGUUUUGCGGGAUCCGAAGGGGACAAAAAGCGAAAAAAAUUUGUUAUGGCAUUCAUAUUUCGUACAUAUUAUCUCCGUGUGUGUCUCUCAUCAUCUCCUUUUUCAACAAGCAAGCAAUUCAAAUGGGUGUAUGUGCGCGUGGAUGCCAUAGACGACGCAUACCUCCGUGCGACGACGACAGCGAACGAGUGUAAUGUGUAAAGUGAACAUAUUGCCUCGGCCGUAGUCGACGAGUGUAUGAGCGAGUUUGUUGAAAAAAGUGUAUGUGAAGGCAGACGGGUGACGUUGGCCAUAGCAAAAAUGAAACGUCAAACGCUGUGUUUUCGCCAAGUACGUGAAAUCGACACACGACAGCUCUUGUGUGGCUCGAGUUGUAAUCAGCAAUUAUAUUUUUGUGCAUUAUUUUUAGUGGAAAUAAAUAGUUUUUGUGGGUUUUUACACACACGUGCCUUUUCUUGCGGUCCUCUGGAGCGCCCGGGAGCCGAAAUGCGCUAAAAUAACGCGAAAAACACCGAGAAUUCACACUUUUUCUGCUCGACCUAUUUCGCAGCGGUCCGAUUCUCAGGUGUUCCUUGUGUUGUCAUGUUUGACGACAAGCAAAAAGAUCAUUCAUAAGUUCUUUUUUCCUCCACACACACAUAUUUUGUGCAAUAUUGUGCCUUAACCAUGAAUUUAGACCAGGUACUGACGAACUACGACGAGAACAAGGUCAAGGAGCUCCAAAACACCCUCGAGAGCCAGCUCGAUCAACGUAUCCACCAGCAGCAGCAACAGCAGCAGCAACAACAGCAACAGCCACACUCCACACACAGUUUCACAAGUGGCACUAAUUCGUAUUUUAGCUCGCAUAGCAGUAGUGAUAAUGGCAUUUUCACCUAUAACAGUAGCAACGCAUCAUCACAACACGCAAGAAGUAACAAUUAUCACUCGUCACCGUAUUUGCUGCCGCCACAACAACAACAACAACAACGGCCAGACCAUUUCGCGCAUCGGCUAGACUCGCAGCAGCAGCAGCACCAUCAUCACGCGUAUCAGCAGCAGUCGUCGCCGCACCAUCCAAAGUUCAACGGAGGCAACGUUGGCAACGGCGGAGGCUAUUUAGGUGGAGCCAGUGCUGGUGUUAUGCAUCACCAGUUCUCGCCGCAGCAUCCUCAUUACCUCGGCAGUGAACAAAAUAACAAUACAAAGACAUUUAGUAAUCACAUAAACGCGAAUACAAACCCAAAUAGUAGUAAUAAUAACAGUAACAAUACGAAUAACAGUGGUGGUGAUAGUGUAAACAGAAGUAUUUAUCAUCAAAAUAGUAAUAAUAAUAAUAGUUUUAAUCACUACAACAACAACAAUAAUAAUCAAGAUAUCAAUAACAAAAAUACAAGUACGGCAAACAAAAGUCAUUCUAAUAUGCCAACAAAUGAGCCCGUUAAACUGGUGUACCCAGUUUCGGGCACGGGAACCGCCACAAAUAGCACGACAAUUGUCACGGGCGGGCAGGCGGGGCAGGCGCACCAUUUGCCCAAUGGCACCAUCAGUUUGUCACAGAUGACGGGACCGCCGGGUUCGGGCGGUGCCACGAUCAUUAGUUCGCCUGCGGGACUUGUGAAAACGGCGGGACACGGACCGGGGAUCCCGCAAACGCUCAUCAUCAAAAAUCCCCAAGGAAUUAUGACGUCGAGUGCACCCGGAAUGGUUACGAUGACCAAAACGAUGAAUAAUCAGGGUCAAACUAAUCUGGUAGGCACUCCAAUGCUACAAACUGGAAAUUUCCAGAUAGUUAAUGUUCCACGAGCAAAUGCACCUCAAACACAAAAUCACCAAACACAGCAGAAAACAAUCGCUGCUGUGCCGCCACGUGUUGUAAUUGGUAGUACACAACUUCCUGUUGGUGCACGACCAGCUAACUCAACUACUCUUACACUAAGCGCCUUGCAAAGUCUCCAGGGAGGUCAACCGGGCCAAACGAUUUUGGUCAAGUCGGACAACGGGCAGUACCAGUUGCUGCGGAUCGCACCUCCGCAGGGAGCGCAACAAGUGGCGCCUGGCGGAACACUGACAACGACGUCCGGCAAUCAGACGAUACGAUUGCAAACUGUACCAGCUCAACCUCAAGCUCCCCCGGGAACAAUUAUCGUGUCGUCAUCGGGUCCCGUAGUCACAUCGUCUGCCCUUUCCAAUGCAGUUCAAACGGGACAAGCAUCACAGGCCUUACAACAGCAAAAUAACAUGGCACAGCAACCGCCGCAGCUGCAGUCGACAGUCAAUGCAACGACGGCGGCGCCAAAUCGUACCUCACAAGACAAUUCCAAAGAAAAAUGCCGAAAAUUUCUGACAAAUUUGAUCGAGUUAUCGAAGCGGGAACCAUCGACGGUCGAACGGAAUGUCCGUACGCUGAUCCAGGAGCUGAUCGAUGCGAAUGUCGAGCCCGAGGAGUUUUGUGAGCGUCUCGAGAGGCUUUUGAAUGCCAGUCCACAACCGUGUCUCAUAGGAUUUUUAAAAAAAAGUCUCCCACUAUUGCGACAAUCGUUAGUCACAAAAGAGAUUGUAAUUGAGGGAAUUCAGCCACCAACGGCACAAAUUGCGUUUGGAGGAGGCACAGCAGGCACGAUUCCGGCUCAAAUACGUCCCGUGGCACAAGUAGGUAACAUGGGUCAAACGCAAAUCCGGAUGAUAACGCAACCGACGAGUGUGGCAACGACGCCCGCCAUUUCGCGCAUCGGUCAAACGACGUUGCGACAAACGACGCCGAUCCGGAUACAGGGCACGGCGACACAGCAAACGCACCAGCUGCAAAGUGGCCCGCGACUCAUAACGAAUGCACUGCGUCCCGGCACGGCGACUCUCGUACAAAAUGCAACAGCUGCAAGUGGCAGCGUUACCAUUGGAAGUACAACAAUUCAAUCAACACCACCUGCCUUACAUCCCGUUAGUGGAGCCGCGAUAUCACAGGAACCGAAGGAGCGCAAAGCCUCGACAUCUGCCGCUGCCGCCUCCUACUCGUCCAUGUAUGGCGACGACGACAUCAACGACGUGGCGGCGAUGGGUGGCGUCAAUUUGGCGGAGGAGUCGCAACGCAUUCUCGGACAAACGGAAUUUGUUGGGACGCAAAUUCGGUCGUGCAAAGACGAAGUUUUCCUGAAUUUGCCGGCGCUGCAGCAGAAAAUCCGGGCAAUUGUCGCCAAGCAUGGGCUGGAUGAGCCGAGCAACGAGGUAGCCGUACUAAUAUCGCAUGCGACACAAGAGCGAUUAAAAAAUAUUGUGGAAAAAUUAGCGGUCAUUGCGGAACACAGAAUUGAUAUUAUUAAAGUGAAUCCGCGAUACGAAGUGACAAAAGACGUCAGAGGACAAAUAAAAUUCUUGGAAGACUUGGAUAAAGCCGAACAAAAACGCCACGAGGAACAGGAACGUGAGAUGUUGAUGCGUGCCGCCAAGUCUCGAUCUAAGACUGAAGAUCCCGAACAAGUGAAGCUCAAACAAAAGGCCAAGGAAAUGCAACGUGCUGAAAUGGAAGAAUUACGUCAAAGAGAUGCAAAUUUAACGGCCCUCCAAGCUAUUGGACCAAGAAAAAAGCCUCGACUAGAUGGAGAUAUGUCAAGUUCGUCCAGUUCUGGCUUAUCGGGAACUGGUAGUUUUAGCAAAUCAUCAACCACAACACCACUGAGACCUCGAAUAAAACGUGUUAACUUACGUGAUAUGCUUUUCUACUUGGAACACGAAAAAGAUAGUUGUAGAAGUACAAUGUUGUAUAAAGCAUAUCUCAAGUGAUUAUGGAUGGUAAGGUGUAUUAUUACGAUGAAAAUAUAAAAAAAAGAAAAAAAAAUCAAUUAAACGCGCCUGUUUCCAAAUUAAAAAUUAGAAAACUUUUUUUUUUGUUAAUAUUUAGUAUUUUAUAUGUCACACUUUUGCGUUAUUAUUAAAAAAAAAAUUGGUUGUAGGAUGGAGAUAUUAUUUAUGAAUAAGAAGACCGAUCAUUAAUUUUGAAAUUUUUUCACGGAUCGCACUACCAGAAAAAAGUAAAAAAUCAAGUAUAUAAGAAAAAAAAAAUAAAAUAUAAAGUCACGUGUCUUUUAAAACCCUUAA